GUGACAACAACACUCUAGUCCAUUCUUUAUUAAUAAUUUUUAGUUGGAGUACAAAGCCAAUGUAACUACCUUCAUUCCUCCUCCUCCUCUUCUUCUUCUUCUCAUUUGCUUGCAUAGCAAAACAAACCAUGUCCACCGUUGCAUUAGAGACUCUCUUCCCUCUUUGCCGUAGAAAACCUUCAUUUCACCGCCAUAAACCAAUCCCUCUCAGACCCUUCUUUGUGACUUGCUCUUCCAACCUCAAUGAUGAUGCAUCCUUCAUCUUCCACCAACAACCUCGCAAAACUCUCUCUCCCGUGCAUGCAGUUUCCCACACAGACACAUCUGUCCUCCACUCCCUUCAAUGCCCUCACACCAUCACCAACACUUUCCUAAUCAACACAACCGAAACGGUGGAGGGAAAGAUUUUUGUGAGAUUAGAUCACGGAAAGGGUUUGAGGGAUCGGGAGCUUACGGUGGGUUGCAAUCUUCCCGGAAAAUGGAUUCUUCAUUGGGGAGUUACCUAUGUUGAUGAUGUUGGAAGGGAAUGGGAUCAACCUCCUCGUGAUAUGAUACCCCCCGGAUCUAUUCUUAUAAAGGACUAUGCAAUAGAGACCCCUUUGAAGGAGUCAUCCUUAUCCGCCGAAGGAGAUACGCUUCACGAAAUCAGGAUUGAUCUUAAAGCCAACAAUGGAAUUGCAGCGAUUAAUUUUGUUCUCAAGGAUGAGGAAACCGAAGCUUGGUACAAAAACAAAAGAAGAGAUUUCAAGGUUUCUUUGGUCAACAACCUUAAGGAGGAUAAUAGCAUAAUUGGACCUAAAUGGGGCUUUGAUUUAUGGCCAGGGAAUUUGGGACAGAUAUCUAAAAUGUUCCUCCAGUCAGAAGAAGCUGACCAAGAUGACAGCAGUGAAUCUAGAGUUCCAGAGCAAGACAAUAAUCAACCAGAAAGUUUUUGUGAAGAAGUGCCUAUAACAAAGAAGGUUUUAGUCCAAAACUCUAUCAGUGUCUCCACCACAAAAUGCCAUGAGUCUGGGGCAGUUAAGGAACUUUUACUUUUGGAAACUGAUCUACCUGGAGAUGUUGUCCUUCACUGGGGAGUUUGUAGGGAUGAUUCGAGAAAGUGGGAAGUUCCACCUCGUCCUCAUCCACCAGGAACAGUAGCAUUUAAAGAAAGGGCUUUGAGAACUCAAUUUCGGCCAAGAGAUGAUGGAAAAGGAUCUUUAGCACUAAUCACUUUAGAGGAAGAAUUUUCAGGCUUUAUGUUUGUUCUUAAGCAAAAUGAAAAUACUUGGUUCAAGUACAAUGGACAUGAUUUUUAUAUCCCCCUCUCAAGUUCUAGUAGCUUUCUUAAUAGUGGCAACAAAGAGGGCCAGUCAGAAGGUAUGCAGAGGGAAGUGACUCAAGAGGCUAGUCAAAAGAGUUCUUUCUUUGCAUUUACUGAUACAAUAACCAAUGAAAUAAGAAAUUUGGUCACAGACAAUUCCUCUGAGAAGAUUCAAAGGACAAAAUCAAAAAUGGCACAACGAAGCAUUUUUCAAGAAAUUGAAAGGCUGGCUGCUGAAGCCUAUAAUAUAUUCAGAAUCUCCAUUCCAACUUUCUCUGAGGAAACUGCUGCAGAACCUGAGGUAACUAUUGUGGAACCUGAGACAAGUAUUGUGGAACCUCAGGCAACAACUAUUGUGAUACCUGAGACUUCAGUGGAAUCAGAGACACAGUCCCUGGAUCCAAAAAUAUGCUCAGGAACAGGCACAGGGUAUGAAAUAUUAUGCCAAGCGUUUAACUGGGAAUCUCACAAAUCUGGAAGAUGGUACAUAGAGCUUAAAGAAAUGGCUUCAGAACUAGCAUCACUUGGUUUCACUGUGGUUUGGUUGCCACCACCUACUGAAUCUGUUUCACCUGAAGGAUACAUGCCAAAGGAUUUAUAUAAUUUAAAUUCCAGAUACGGAAACAUUGAUGAACUGAAAGAUUUGGUGAAAAGAUUUCAUGAAGUUGGGAUCAAAGUUCUUGGAGAUGCCGUUUUAAACCACCGCUGUGCUCACUAUCAGAAUCAAAAUGGUAUUUGGAACAUAUUUGGAGGCCCUCUUAACUGGGAUGAUCGUGCAGUUGUAGCUGAUGAUCCACAUUUUCAGGGCAGGGGCAACAAGAGUAGUGGAGAUAAUUUUCAUGCCGCUCCAAACAUUGAUCAUUCUCAGGAGUUUGUGAGAAAGGAUCUCAAAGAAUGGUUAUGCUGGUUGAGGAAAGAAGUUGGGUAUGAUGGAUGGAGGCUUGACUUUGUGAGAGGAUUUUGGGGUGGUUAUGUAAAGGACUACAUAGAUGCAAGUGAACCUUAUUUUUCCGUGGGAGAGUACUGGGAUUCCCUCAGUUAUACAUAUAGUGAAAUGGAUCAUAAUCAAGAUGCUCAUAGGCAGAGGAUAAUUGAUUGGAUCAAUGCCACUAAUGGUACCUCUGGUGCAUUUGAUGUCACAACAAAAGGAAUUCUUCACCCUGCAUUGGAAAGAUGUGAAUAUUGGCGAUUGUCAGAUGAGAAGGGAAAGCCCCCAGGCGUUCUUGGCUGGUGGCCAUCUCGAGCUGUUACGUUUAUAGAGAAUCAUGACACUGGUUCCACCCAGGGUCAUUGGAGAUUUCCCAGUGGAAAACAAAUGCAAGGAUAUGCCUACAUUCUUACUCACCCAGGAACUCCAUCAGUGUUUUACGACCACAUUUCCUCUCACGAUAAAAGUGAAAUAGCAAGUCUAAUAUCUCUCAGGAAGAGGAACAAGAUCCACUGCAGGAGUAGAGUUCAAAUUAGUAAAGCAGAAAAGGAUGUUUAUGCAGCAAUCAUAGAUGAGAAAGUAGCUAUGAAGAUUGGACCUGGACAUUUUGAACCACCAAGUGACUCCCAGAAAUGGUCAUUAGCUAUUGAGGGAAAAGACUAUAAGAUUUGGGAAGCAUCAUAAUCAUAAAUCAUAAUAUUAUCAUUUAUAAUUAGCACUAUACAUUUGUUCCUAUUUAUAAGAGAAAAGUUAUAGUGUAAAAUAAAAUACACUAUAUUUACACUAUAACUUGUUAACUUGUUUCUUAUAAAGAGGAAUAGUAACAAGUAUGGAUAUAGAUAGUCCCUUGUACAUUCUCCCCCUUGCACAUUACGUUGCCUUACUCAAGAAUAGGUUGUUCCACGUUGCUGCUUAAGGUAUAUAUAGGCUUAUGGCCAUGUAAGCAACACUACCGAGAAAGCUGCAUAGGCUACAUUUUCAGCCAAAUGCAGACUCAUCUGGAAUACAUAAUGUGUUAAUUAGAGUAAUUCAAUUGUGAUCACUUGUUCUUACACGUA